CGGCGGCGGCGGAGAAGCGGAGGAGAGACGAGACGGAGAGCUCGGUGAAACAGAAGAUCAAGCAGCUCGAGGCGAAGACCGCCGCGGAGAUUCUCGACGCGGAGGCGAAGAUCAACGACGCGUGGAAGCGAGAGAAGAAGCUCCGCGAGGAGGACGCGAAACGACACCGGGAGGAGCUCGAAGAGGUGAUGAAGCGAUCGGACGCGGCGCGUCUCGAUGCGGAGGCGGAGGCGAAGACGCGCGUCCAACGCGCGGAACUCGACGCGAAGACGAGAGUCGACGCCGCGGAGAAGACCGCCGCGGAGAAGGUCGCGGAAGCGGAAGCGAGGCUGACGAACGCGGAGGUGAUGAAACACCUCGACGCGAAGGUGCGAGCGUCCGAGCUCGAGAUGCGGUCACGCCUGGCGAAGAUCGAAGCCGCCGCGAGCGAGAAGGAAAAGGUCGCCGCCGCCGCGAAGAUGGUCGACGCUGAGACCGCGGAGCGCGCGUCGAACUGGAUGACGUCCGCGAAAGCGGUCGAGGACAUGGCGUCCACGGCGACGCGCGCGAUCGAGGGCGAGAUGAGGCUGCGCGACGAGGUCGCGCGGCUGGAGAACGAGCUGCACGACGUCCGAAGGGAACUCGAUCACGCCGUCGAAGAAGCGUCGAUGAGCGCGAAGACGGCGGCGGACGCCGACGCGGCGGCCGCGGCGGAGCGCGAGCGGCAGCGCGCGGCGGUCGCCGCGCGCCUGGAAGAGGAGACGACGCGCGCGGACGCCGCGGAGGCGGACGCGAAGCGUUGGAAGCUCCUCGCGGACGCGCGCGAGCGCGAGGUAUCGAAGCUCGCGUCGGAGCUCGAAACCGCCGCGACGGUCGCCGCGGCGGAGGCGGCGGCGGCGGCGGACGCGACGGACGACGUCGUCGGGGUGUACCUGACCGGCAUCGGGGACUUGCGGGACGAGCUGCGCGCGAUGAAGCGGCGGUACGCGCACGACGUCGACGCCGCGAAGGUGCGUUCAUAUUUACACUGGUUCCCAUACAACCGCGUUCGCGUGGUGAACGCCGAUCCUUAAGGACUUUUCCCGGCGUGUCUCUCCGCCCAUCCCUCGCUUUCAAUCCCCGCCCUCGACGCCUUUCAACUCCGCUUCUGACGCCUUUUAACUCCACCCCGACAUUCGUCGCUUCGUAUCCGUCGCCAAAGCGCGAGGCGGAGAAGGCGCUCGACGAGAUUAAAGCCGCGUUCGACGCGCGACUCGACGCGGCGAAUAAAAAAACGCUCGACCGCGCCGCCGAGGGCGACGCCGCGCUUCGCGCGUCGCGGCGACUGCAGCACCAGCUCGAGCUCGAGACGCGAGCGGGGCUCGAGCGCGAGAGCGAUGUCGCCGUCGAGCUCGAGCGCGCGCGAGAGGACUCGCGCG